UCUGCAAAGAAACGAUGGCGACAGAAUCUCCACGCCGCCCCAGUCGAUGUACCGGAGGAGUGGUUGUUCGCCCGCAAGCUGUCACGGAACAGUCGUAUAUGGAAAGCGUUGUUACGUUUCUUCAAGAUGUUGUGCCACAGGCCUAUAGUGGUACCCCACCAGCAGAAGAAAAGGAGAAGAUCAUUUGGGUCAGAUUUGAAAAUGCAGAUUUAAAUGAUACAUCAAGGAAUAUGGAGUUUCAUGAAAUACAUAGCACUGGGAAUGAACCACCGUUACUGCUAAUGAUCGGAUACAGUGAUGGAAUGCAAGUCUGGAGCAUACCUAUCAGUGGUGAAGCUCAGGAACUCUUUUCUGUCCGCCAUGGUCCAGUUCGAGCUGCACGGAUUUUACCAGCUCCACAAAUCAGUGCUCAGAAAUGUGAUAAUUUUUCUGAGAAGCGGCCUCUUCUUGGUGUGUGCAAAAGCAUUGGAUCUUCUGGCACAAGCCCACCUUACUGCUGUGUGGACCUUUAUUCUUUGCGGACAGGAGAGAUGGUCAAGUCCAUACAGUUCAAAACUCCGAUUUAUGAUCUGCAUUGCAAUAAAAGGAUACUUGUUGUAGUGCUGCAAGAGAAAAUUGCCGCCUUUGACAGCUGUACUUUCACCAAAAAAUUCUUCGUUACAAGCUGCUAUCCUUGUCCAGGGCCAAACAUGAAUCCUAUUGCUCUUGGAAGCCGCUGGCUUGCUUAUGCAGAAAAUAAGCUGAUCCGAUGCCAUCAAUCCCGUGGUGGAGCCUGCGGAGACAACAUUCAGUCUUACACUGCCACAGUCAUUAGUGCUGCCAAAACGAUAAAGACUGGACUUACAAUGGUUGGGAAAGUAGUUACGCAGCUGACAGGGACGCUGCCUUCAGGAGCAACCGAAGAAGAAAUUUUAGCUCAUAGCAACAUUCGUCGAAGUCCUCUGGUGCCUGGAAUCAUCACUAUCAUUGAUACAGAGACAGUGGCGGAAGGGCAGGUACUUGUCAGUGAGGACUCUGAUAGCGAUGGCAUUGUGGCCCACUUCCCUGCACAUGAAAAGCCUAUUUGCUGCAUGGCUUUUAACCCUAGCGGGAUGUUGCUGGUCACUACUGACACAUUAGGCCAUGAUUUCCAUGUUUUUCAAAUACUGACACAUCCUUGGUCAUCAUCACAAAGUGCCGUCCAUCAUUUGUAUACACUUCACAGGGGAGAGACUGAAGCCAAAGUACAGGAUAUCUCCUUCAGCCAUGACUGUCGUUGGGUUGUGGUCAGCACGCUUCGUGGCACUUCCCAUGUUUUUCCUAUCAAUCCUUAUGGCGGCCAGCCCUGUGUCCGAACGCACAUGUCACCCCGGGUGGUAAAUCGCAUGAGCCGAUUCCAAAAGAGUGCAGGGCUGGAAGAGAUCGAGCAAGAGCUGACAUCUAAACAAGGAGGACGCUGUAGCCCUGUUCCAGGCCUGUCAAGCAGCCCGUCUGGCUCACCGCUCCAUG